UUUUUAUUUAUUAUCAGGAAAAAAGAAAAGAAUCCUUUUACAAUUUCUCAACAUCAUGUUCAUUCGCAAUUAAAUAUAUUUCUUUGUGCAUCGGUAAAAAAAAUAUACUUUUGGAGGAAAGAUACUACUUUAUCAAUCGGGUCACUCAUAUCUAACAUAUUCAUAUCGAACUUUGUUUCAUAAAAGCGGUGACAAAAUAUAUGAUUUGUACAAAUCUUUUCAUUUUUAAGUCAAUCCGACUAAUUUGUUCAUAGAGGUAGUUACUCGAUCACAUACAUUUCUGGAACACCUCUAACGAAGGGGCAAAUAGUCGAUUUCUGUUUUCUCAAAGUUUUCCCCUUCUCUAUGAACUUCAUUUUUAUGCCCCAUUUUCUAUAUAAUAACUUUAUUUUCUUCUUUUCCUAUUAGUACCUUCUCCUAUAUAUGCUUGUAUUGUAUACUAUAGGUGGCCAUAUGAGCUUUAGAUCUGCUAGACCUCAAAUGCUUAGUAUUUUUACUUUUAUUUUUCUAUUUUCCUUGGGUUUUGGAAAGUUGGGUGGUUAUUUCUAGAUUCCUCACCUUAUACUACUUUCCAAAAAGUCUUAUUCAGAUUCCUCUCAAUUGCUUCUUGAUGCCAUAAAAAACAAGCCCCGCUUCUCAUCAUUUUUACCAAGAAACAUAACUAGGCUGGGCUGCCCUUCUCCUCUUGCUAGUGCUGCUAACUUUGUAAAUGAACAAGAAAACAUGAAUAGUGAAAUGGAACUUUUUUCUCCUCCUCAAGCAACAUAUCUUAGAAACUCAAAUUGGUUAUUUGAGGAAAACAAGGGAACAAAAUGGACUCCUGAAGAAAACAAGAUGUUUGAAGAUGCGCUUGCGUUAUUUGACAAGGAGACUCCGGAUAGAUUGUACUAUGUAGCAUCCAUGAUCUCUGGAAAGACGGUGGACGAUAUGAUGAAACAGUAUAGAGAAUUGUUAGAAGAUAUUGCUGAUAUAGAGGCAGGAUUAAUACCGAUACCUGGCUACACAACUAGUAGUAAUUCAUUCACAUUGGAGUGGAUAAAUCAAGAUCACGAAGAAGGCAUCUUCCAUGACUUUAACAAGCAAUUCUAUGGUCCAUCUGGCAAGCGAAGCACAUCAAAUCGAUAUUCUGAACACGAAAGGAAAAAGGGAGUCCCAUGGACUGAGGAAGAACACAGGCAAUUUCUGUUGGGGCUGAAAAAGUACGGAAAAGGUGAUUGGAGAAAUAUCUCUCGCAAUUUCGUGACCACAAGAACUCCAACUCAAGUAGCUAGUCAUGCUCAGAAGUACUUCAUCAGGCAGCUUUCAGGGGGUAAGGAUAAGAGAAGAUCAAGCAUACAUGACAUUACCACUGUCAAUCUUACAGAAAUGAAAUCUCCUUCCCCCGAGAAUCAUAUAUCUUCCAGUUCUCCGGACAAAUCUGUUCCUUCUCCACAAAAAGCCUUAUGUGAGUACAAUUUUCCAAAUCAAGAAGCAGUUAUAGGAUUCAAGACAUAUGGACUAAAGUUGCAUGAACAUGGCAUGCAUAGUGUUAUUUUGCAGGGACUUCAGUUUGGUCAGUACAAUACUAUGUGAUAUCCGUGUAUCUUAAGAAAAACCAAAUGAAGUACCAUUACCAAGAAUUGGUAUGCUUCAAUUAGUUCACAUUGCAUGAACAUGGCAUGCAUAGUGUUAUUUUGCAGGGACUUCAGUUUGGUCAGUACAAUACAUGUGAUAUCCAUGUAUCUUAAGAAAAACCAAAUAAGUACCAUUACCAAGAAUUGGUAUGCUUCAAUUAGUUCAUAUUCCUUAGCUCCAGAACUAAAGAGGUCUGCUCUUUAUUUAAGAGAGCUAUUUCCUCAACCAGCCUGAUCGACCGUCUACUGUCUUUUGAGUGUGCCAGAGGUUUGAUAUAGAAUGUAUUGGCAUAUUAAUCUGUUUAUGAAGCUGCUGCAAUGUCCAAGCUGUAGAAGGUUCAGUGAGAAGGCUGAGCAAUAUUUCAUGUUAAUAUUACUAGUCACUCAAGAUGGUUAGCAAUAAGUCAUGUAAUUGAAGUUUCUUGGGAAAAUUUGUGGUUGUUUUAGUUUGUAGUUCUUUGUUUUCAUCUCUGUAGAAGAAGCACUAUUGCAGCUUGUAUUUGUAUCCUCUAAUUCGUUAUUCAUUUCA